UCAAUUAACAAGCUACUCAAAAUCGACUAGAUCAAAACUCCACUUAGUCAAAACUCGACUCGAUACGUUAACGAGUCGAGUCGAGCCGAGUCGAGAUACCCCUAGGCAUCACCAACACAGCUUUCUUAUUGCUCCCAUCUUCUUCAACAGCUUCUUCAACUAAUUCAACUGAACCAAGAAUUGGUCCUCGCUUUCUUACAGCUAUUGAAAUGGUUGAUCGAUACUCUGAUUUUGAGCUCAAGCUCGCCUAUCAAACCUUAAUUCAUCUCAUGAACAACAACACUCUCAAGUAUUUCUUUUUUUUCUUUUUUUUUUCCGGUUCAAUUUGAUGAUUAGCUGCCAUAAUUUUGAUUAUAGUUGUUGAUUUUUAAUGCAGAUUAGGAUAGUUGAUGAGUUAUUUAUGCGUUCGAAGCUUUUUAGACCCCUAACUACUGUGAAUUUGGAUCAAUUGUUAGGCAGUUAAUUGUUGAGCUAGGAUAUAAAUUAAUUACUUCUUUUAUGUCAAUCUUUAUUUUCCUGCAUUUUUGUGAUCUAUGUACAUUAAUGAUAGAUAAAGUUUACCUCCGGUGACCGCUGGAGUACCUAAUUUACUAAAUUGUAACUUUUGGUGAACACCAAGAAAAAUUGUGGGUGUAAGACGAGAGAUAAUUGAUAGUGAAAUACGGAGUAGGAGAGAAAUAAUAUUAGAAGUGUUUCCGAAAAAUUCUUAUUGUUGGAGGUGAAAUGGCUGUGAUGAACCUUUAUUAAAAUUGAUGUUAUGCUCUAUGGCUCCCAUGGUUCAAAGCAUUGGGCUCUGGUUGUACCUUGUUGUAAGAUAAUAGUUUCCCCCUCUCAUAUUCCAUAGAUUUGUUUAUGUGAAUUAAUAGGAUUGGAAUAAUAUUAAUUUUUUAAUUAUUCAUUUGGUGAUCGCUGUCAUGUAGUUGAUAAGGAUCACAUGUAUUAGUGAUACACAAUCAGGAAAUAGGUGGUGUUACCAUAGACUUGUUCAAAGAGUUGCAUAAUUAAUACAAAUGCAAGUAUUUCUAUAUAUAUUGUGACAGCCAGAAAUGCAUCAAUAAACUAAUGGAAUGAUUAAAUGUUGACUUUGCAUAUGAACUGAUAACUUCACCAUAGCAUGGCAACCUAAAUUCAGUUCAUCACUUUUAAUUUAGUCUUCUUCCCUGAUAUCUCUCUUCUUCGAUUAUUUGACACUAAAAUGGCCGAAGCAAUCAUCUUGACUGUUGCGAAACUCAUUCUAGGAAAGAUCGGUUCUUCCCCAGGUGAUCUUGUCUAUACCUACAUUACUGAAGAGAUCAAAGGUGCAAAGUCAGUUAAGAAAGAUCUCAAGACCAUAGCCGACAAAUUGGAGGCCAUUUGUGCUGUUCUUGAAGUUGCAGAGGAGGAGCAAUUAGCUAAUAAGGCUAACAAAAUCUGGCUAAGAGAUCUUAAGAGCAUUGUUUAUGAUAUUGAUGACCUCUUGGAUGAAGUGGCCUUUGAUGUUAUGCAACGUCGUGUUAAUCAAGGCCAACUUGGACGUCAGUUCAGGUACUAUCUUUCCUUUUCAAAUCCUGUCAUUUCAACCUUUGGUUUGAGUCACAAAAUAAACAACCUCCGCAAAAAGCUAGAAAAUAUAGUGGCUAAGAAAAAUGAUUUUGAGUUAACCAAGUGUCCAGUUAAAACCUCUAAGGAUGAGAUUAAAGAACCUUUAGGCGGAUGUGCGUUUGUGUAUGAGCCCGCUAUUAAGGGAAGAAAUGAGGCUAAGCAAGAUAUUAUUAACAUAUUGAACGGUGUCAAUAAUGUUAGUAAACUCUCAGUGCUUCCUAUAGUCGGAAUGGGUGGGAUCGGAAAAACAGCAUUAGCUAGGUUAGUGAAACAUGAUAUUGAACACUUUGAUCCUAAACUGUGGGCAUGUGUAUCGAACAAGUUUGAUGUUUGUAAGAUUAUAGAGGACAUUGUAAAAGAUGGUAGUGAUGAUAAUAUAGGGAACCUUAAUUCAAAUACGUUGUUGAAAAAGCUCCAUAAUUUAUUGAACGGGAAAAGAUACUUUCUUGUGUUGGAUGAUGUUUGGGUAGAUAACAUAGACUUGUGGAAUGACCUUAUGAACAUACUUAAAAUUGGCAAAGCUGGUAGUGUAAUUUUGAUCACUACAAGAAUGGCUGAAGUUGCCUCAGUUACUCGAACUAUGGAACCUUAUAACUUGGACAAGCUUCCAUUUCCUGUUUGUUGGUCCAUAUUUAAGCAAUUAGCAUUCAUCGAAGGUGACGAAGCAAAGUAUGACAGCCUUUACGAGAUUGGGAGGUCUAUAGUCGAGAAAUGUUGUGGCAUCCCUCUUGUUGUGAAGACUUUGGGGAGUUUGUUGAGGUUAAAUAGGGACAAGCAAGAAUGGCAACGAAUUAGUAAUAUGGAUAGCUUUACCGAGUUGAAUCAUCAAUAUGAUAAGGUGAUGCAACUCUUAAAAUUAAGCUAUGACUCACUUCCGUCUCACUUGAAACCAUGUUUUGCUUACAUGUCAUUAUAUGUGAAGGAUUUGCAUCUUUCUGCGGGGUAUAUACCAUAUAUGUGGAGUGCACUUGGUCUAUUGCCACAAAGCAAUGGAAACAAAGAUAUUGAAGUUUUGGGGAACGAGUAUCUUAAGAAACUAGCAUCAAUGUCUCUUCUACAAGAGCCGAGUUUUCGGUCAAAUGGAUGGCUUGAAGGGUGUAAAAUGCAUGAUCUCUUGCAUGAUCUUGCUCUGAACGUUAUGGGGGAAGAACUAGCAGUCGUAACUCAAGAUGAAGUCAUGGUUUCAGAAUUUACUAGGCAUAUAGUUUGGGGAUAUGAGAGUUCUAAUAGUUUAGAGGAUGUUAAAUUUCCUAAAGAGCUUCUGAAGGCCAAGAGUGCACGAACAUUCCGACUUGGUUUUAAAAUAAAUUAUAUAAGCCAAUCAUUUGUUCAAAAAAUUCUGUCCACUUUUAGUUGUUUACGCAUCCUGGAACUUGAAGGUAGUUCGUUUGAAGAACUGCCAAGCUUGAUCGGGAACUUGAAACAUUUGAGAUAUCUCGACUUGUCAGGGAAUUCUAUCAUUCAAUCUCUUCCAGAAGAAAUAGGUGACUUGUUAAAUCUAGAAGCGUUUUAUCUAGAUGGAUGUGAGCUAUUAAAAGAGCUUCCAAGGGAUAUUCACCGGCUACAGAAUUUAAGAAGUUUUACAGUGACAACAUGCCAGAAGAGUUUAACUAGCACCAAAUUGAAUCAAUUGAGUUGUCUUCGUUACAUUUGGUUUAGUUCGUGUAAGAGAUUAGAAUCCUUAUGGAACAACAACAUUUUUGUAACAGGCCUCACUUCGCUGCAGACCUUGAUCAUUGAGGACUGUCCGAAAUUGACAAGUCUUUCAAACAGCAUGAAGUUCAAUGGUCUUCAGACGUUAGAACUAGAUAAUUGUACAGAGCUAGAUUUGGAGGAAGGAGUUGGCUUGCAAGGCCUUCAAAGCCUUCGGACAUUAAGCAUAACAGGAAUACCGAAGUUAGCAAGUCUGCCAAAUUGUAUUCAGUCUGCUACGGCCUCCCUUCAAAAUCUCUAUAUAGAUAAUUGUGUUGGUUUGGUGGAGCUUCCAAAUUGGUUACAACAUUUUUCCUCUCUUCAGAAAUUGAGAAUCAAAGACUGUCAAAAUCUCUUGGCCGUGCCCAAGGGAUUUCAACGUCUUAGAUCUCUGCAAGAACUCUGCAUUAUGAAUUGCCCGCACCUAUUACAAAGAUUUGCUAUACCAAGCGGAAAAGAUUACUAUCUGAUACGACAUGUCCCCAAAAUCUGGCUUAAUAAUGUUCCAUACACUGUAAGAAGUAAAUGAUUGAGCAGUCUGUCUUUUUGUGCAGAUAUAUUUACUUUUGUGGUGUUGCUGAAGUCCAUCAAACUAUUAUGCAGACCAUAAUUGUCAAAUUCUUAGCUUCUGAUGAUCGAAUGUGCAUGUAUUAGUUUUGCUAUGAACUUUGAAGAGUUCCAUCCUGCUCCGGUGGGAGAGCUGUACCAAGAUUCAAGACUCCCUGUUGCCCAUCUCAACAAGUUGAGUCAUAAAGGGACUUUUUAAACCAAUCAAGCUCGGCGAAGAUGAUGGAGAACUCAUUUUGUGACUUUGAAGCCCAGUUUGAGCCUCACUUUUUAUUUGUACCUACUUGCUGGGUUGACUAAUUCGACGAAGUAUUUGUAUGAGAUAUAGUCAAGUCAUGCACAAUUAUAUAGGCAUGUAUGAUUUUAAUAAUUUCAUCCUUAAUACAUUACUAAGUAUAAUAUUGAUUGCUUUGGUAAAGAAAUAUUACUGAUUACAAAAAGC